CACCACUAUUAAUCCUCAUUCUUGUCUACGUUUCUGGCUUACCCCCAAUGUUAAACCGACCUCUACCAACCACGGGGAUACAGAAAAAAACGCGUCACCGUGAAUUCAAUUCACAUCUCUUUUAUCGGGUGAACGUGCCCCGGUGACAGUCCGUUCUCCCCGCAGUUAUGAGGCUCCGCUGGUCCGGGGGCGUGCUGCUGUCGGUGGCGGCUGCCUACUACGUCUAUACUCCGUUACCGAGUACGGUGAGCGAGCCCUGGAAGCUCAUUCUGCUGGACGCGCUGUUCCGGAGCUUCAUACAUGUGGGUGAUGUGGCGCAAGCUCUAGGGGUGUGUCACAGUGUCCAUAUGUUGAACUCUGUGGUGUCUCGGUUGGAGGUGAUUGAGCCAUGGUCUAGUCCUACUGUACGUGUCACUGACUCCGCCUUGGGGGGCGUGCCCGCACGAGUGUUCCAGCCAGUUGGAGGAGGAGCCAAGCUCAGGAGGGGAGUGCUUUACUUCCAUGGUGGGGGAUGGGCCCUUGGCAGCGGACGAAUGAGAUCUUAUGACCUGCUGUGUAGGAGGAUGGCUGAAGAGCUGGAUACAGUUGUUGUGUCGGUUGAUUACCGCUUGGCCCCUGAUGCAGUGUUUCCAGACCAGUACCAUGAUGCUCUAGCAGCGUCCAGGGCCUUCCUGUCCCCAGAGGUCUUGCAGCGCUAUGGGGUGAACCCAGCCAGGGUGGGGGUGUCUGGAGACAGCUCUGGGGGGAACCUCGCUGCAGCCGUGGCCCAGCGGAUUUCUGCAGAUGACAGUAUGAGUGUGAAGUUCAGUAUCCAGGCGUUGAUCUACCCAGUCCUCCAGGCUCUAGACCUGAACACCCCGUCCUACCAACAGAACCACAACGUACCCAUCCUGCACCGACACCUCAUGGCCAGGUUCUGGCUGAUUUACAUGGGGGCUGAUCCCUCUCUCCUCCCUCAUCUCCUCUCCUCCCCCUCCUCCCUCCUUCAUCCCUCCAUCCCCCCUUCCAUCCGUUCUCAUCUCAACUGGACCUCCCUGCUCGCGGCCAAACACCAAAAGCAUUACCGGCCCGUCGGCAUGGAGACUGGGUCGCGGGAGGUCACGUGGAUAGUGCCGGGGUUGGUGGAUGUUCGAGCGGCGCCGUUGCUUGCAGAACAGGGGAUUCUGGGUAGAACGCCGCGAGCGUACGUGAUGACGUGUGAGUUCGACGUUCUGAGGGACGAUGGGUUGAUGUACGCCAGGAGACUACAGGACGCGGGCGUCACGGUUACCAGUGUUCACUAUGACGACGGUUUCCACGGCUGCAUGGUCUUCUCCUUUUGGCCGUUUUUGUCCUCCGUUGGCCAGAGGAGUCUGGACAACUACAUCCAGUGGCUAGACCACAACCUCUAGAACAGCCACACUCAACAUGCGAACCGCGGUCUGGAACCGGAUCCAGAAGAGGGUCGAUACGGACAGUGUGUUUAAAAUCUAUUUUUUAAGAAAUCAAUCAGGCUUUUAACUUACUGCUGUUGAGUAGUUAUCAUGGGCAGGGGACUCGACCCCAAGGGGGCCCCCAUGGAUUUUGUUGAAUCACUCAGGUAUCAUAUGAACACACAUAAGAAGUCAUGGAAAAAUGUGUAGAAUUGCAGGAAAUUUGCUUUAAAACUGCAACAGUUUUUUUGGCCCCAUGUCAAAUUGUGUMGAAUUGCAGAAAAUUUGCUUUAAAACGGCAAGUUUUUUCUCCGCCAGCAGAAGGGGUGUGAAUUGUUUGAACAGUUUGGAG